AUGCCCACCACAAGAUCGUCCCUCGAGGCUCACCUCGCCUACGAGCCCCAAACUCUCAAAUUUGGUACCAGUGGUCGACGUGGCUUGAUCGUCGAUUUGACUCAACUCGAAAUUUACAUCAAUGUCCUCGGUGAAAUCCGGUAUCUCCAGUCCAUUCCCCCUGCCAAUGGAGGAAUUGAGCGUGGCGACGACUUUUAUUACGCAUAUGACCUUCGCCCUAGCUCAAUUAAUUAUGUGGAGCCGAACCGUGGCGGUCUCUGCCAGGCCGUUGAGCAGGCCUUGAGAGAUGCGGGUAUGCGGCCUAUCAGUCUAGGCGCUAUCCCCACACCCGCUCUCACGCUUUUCGCUUUACAGAGGUCUAAGGGAAGUAUUAUGGUUACUGGUAGUCAUAUUCCCUUUGAUCGCAAUGGCUACAAAUUGAACACCUGCAAGGGGGAGCUGCUGAAGGAGGACGAGCAGCCUAUCAACGAGUCCGUUGAAGUUGUCCGCAAAGAGCUUCUCGCACAGCCAUUUGAGCAGUCACUUUUCAAUGAACAUGGAAUGUUCCGGGCUACUACUCCAGCCCUUGCUACUCCCAUUGCCGAUGGCAAGAGCGAGUAUAUCCAACGAUACCUUGAUUUCUUCAAGGGUGAUACUCUCCAGGGAAUGAAGCUGCUGGUGUACCAACAUUCUGCAGUCGGUCGUGAUCUCAUAGUCGAGCUGCUCGAGCUGCUCGGCGCCGAGGUUCUUCCUGCGGGUCGCAGCGAGACAUUCGUCCCUAUCGACACCGAGGCGAUCGAUCAAGCUCAGCUCGACACACUCCAAAAUCUUUCUGACAGUACGGGCAAACGCUUCGAUGCGGUCAUCUCCACAGAUGGAGAUAGUGACCGUCCCCUUCUCCUAGCCCCAGAAGGCGAUAAACUCCGAUUCUUCAGCGGAGAUCUUCUGGGCAUGGUUGUUGCUCAAUUCCUUGGUGCCGAUGCCGUCGUUGUCCCCAUCAGCACAAAUGAUGCCAUCGACCUUGGCCCACUUGCCAGUGCUUUGGAGCCCAAGACCAGAAUUGGAAGUCCGUAUGUGAUCGCCGGCAUGCAGGAAGCAGCUCGCAAAGGGCGUAGCCGUGUCCUAGGAUGGGAAGCCAACGGUGGCUUCCUCACAGGUUCCGAUAUCGAGCUCUCUGGUCGCAAGCUCCCGGCUCUGCCUACACGCGAUGCAAUUUUACCCCUGUUGUGUGUCCUCUUUGCAUCUUGCAAGCGCCAAACAAACAUCCCGACUCUUUUCCAAUCGCUCCCCGCCCGUUACAGCCGGGCCGCUGUGAUUAGAAAUUUCCCUCGUCCGACAAGCGCAAAGAUUGUAGAGCGCUUUUCACCCGAAGAAACACGUGAUCGAGAGGUUGAAUAUACCAAGGAUGGCUUUCGGCCGUACGAUUCCGCAGGCAGGACAAAUCUCACCUCAGGCAGUGGUGGUCACAAAAUCAUUCAAAUCCGCCGCGAGCUUCAACAGGUGUUUUCUGCCGAGGCUGGUUUCACACCCGUCAAACGGACGAACUAUACCGAUGGAGUUCGUAUCAUAUUUGAAAAUGGCGAUGUCGCGCAUAUCCGCCCAUCUGGAAAUGCAGAUGAGCUGCGGAUCUAUUCUGUUGCCAAUACCCAGUCUCGUGCCGAUGACAUUUGCAAUCAGGGCAUCGCGGAACCCAAUGGCUUGUUGAGGCAAUUGGCAAGCCUGGUCUAA